AUGAAGAUCGAUACUAGAUGUUCCAGCCAGGUUGAGAAUAGCUUUGAUAUACAAUUUUGCAACAAAAAAGUCAGGUCUGUAUGUCUGGGCCUAUUUUUGUACGACACGUACAUCCGAAAACAGCAAAAAUGGAAAGCGAUAAGAAAUUCGCCGUUCAGGUUCAAUUUUACAAAAUAUUUUUUGGUUGUUGCUGAAUCAAUAUCUAAAACCGAGAUAAUGGACGCUGGAGAAAGUCAUUGACGAUUUUCAGGCAGCUUCUAAACGGAUAAGCCACCCUUAUUAAAACUGGUUGAAAACUUCUUUUUUCCCCGCUAGAGUUAAAUUAUUUAAGUUAAAAAAUAAAGAAAGCAGUAAAAGUUGACAUCUUCUACUCCCAAAAAAAAAACUUUCGAGCAAUUUUAAAAGGUGAACGAAAAGAAGAUGUUCUUCAGGUCGUCUACGGAUGGAAGCCGUUGCUUCUCUCGACGGCGCGGUGUUUCACGCGAGUCGUCGUCCAAUCGCAAAUCCCCGUCUUCGUCAUGUCCCACAUUUCCACUGUCCUCAUCUCUGUACUUUUUCUUUAAACCCUUAAGCAAAAUUUCUAAUUUCCACCCCUCUCAGGGCGAAAACGUUGCUUUGGAUGUUGAGCCAUUCGUCAAAGUCGUCGAUAACGGUGCCACAGUCUCCUAUUCACGGUAUUCCCGUUGGGUCUCCGACUUCUAUGAUCUUUCAGACCAAGAGACGAACCAUUUGAUGAAUAUCUCGAAGUUUUUUGCGCUGACAUGCGACGCUACAAUGAAAAUACAGAGGUCUAUCGUAUUCAAAUUUGGAACUGUAUAGCUAUACUAUAUAUAGUCUGUGUGCCACGACUUGAAAUUUCACGGAACGGCAUUCCGCUGUGCCGCUGCGCGCCUUUGCGAACCUUGGCCGCGCUUUUAAUUUUUUUUUUCUUUUAUUAAGGUACUCUACUUUCAUUUGCUCCCACAGCAGUAACAAUCAAUUGAAAGCGUGACCUAGAUUCGAUAAACGCUUCGCGAAAGCACGCAGCGGAACAGCGGAAUGUCGUUCCGUGAAAUUUCAAGUCGUGACACACAGACUAUAAAUGCUUGAAAAAAAAAAUGAAAGCUGAACUUCUCGAGGUUUGGCGUCGCCAGCCUUUUCACGUUUUUUGAGAAUUUGUUUCGUGCGAAGAAAAAGAAGAGUUAAGUUUUUCAUCAGAGUCGUAUUCAGAUUUUUGAAGAAUUCUCCCCCAAUUUCCCGGUAUUUUAUGUUUUCUUUAUACUGAAAUCAUAGUCUGCGCUUCACGGAAAAUCGAACAAAUUAGAGCUGGGAGUUUCUCAAUGCAAAAAAGCGUUUUUCAAAUAAAAAGCUUUUUUUAAUCGGUUAUGAAAGUUUCUCCCGACUCUUGGAGCUGCAGGUGAUGGUCGCAGACGGGACCCGGAUCAAGUGUCACGACGUGAACCGCGUCGUCUGCAGCCCCGAAACGUCCGUCUGUAUUUUUCACGACAAUUGAAGACGACGUCAUUCUUUGUGUUCUUAUCAAAAUAAAUGCAUUUAAAAACACGGAUAAUUCUCACGUGUUGGGAUGAAAGCCCACCCCGCUCAUUCCGACCUCCUGGUCGUUACUAACCCCUUGCUCUCUCUCUACUCGAUUCAACUGACACUACUCGUCUAAAAGGUGAGAAUCUGGAAAUGAGAUCCGGAGACGUCGUCCUCAGAUGGGAAACAGACUCGCAGCGCCGACUCAGAAACGGGAGAAGCCCGAACAUGCGCCCCUCAGAGUUGCCAUGAAACGCGUCAAAGGCGUCGAGAAGCUCAACAAACUUCCCACGAGUUGGUUUUGAGAGCAUUGAGAAGGAAAGUGAAGAGUAAGAAGCCUUCUUUUACGGAGAGGCACCGAGACAUGAAUUUCUAAAGGUUGCAUCAAGCUCUUGUGUUAGCCAAGGUUCACAGAACAUUUCUGAAAAUUCAUCGACUAUCCAAGACCAUGUGAAUAAUGUUGGCUGAUAACCCAAAGAGCCAGGUUAUCAAUCAACAAAACAUGUAUUUUUUUUUCAUACAUUCAAUCGGCUAGGAGGUGAAAUUUCAAAGAAAUUGAAGGUUAUGAGAGACUUCCAUCUGAAAACUCGGACGAGUGUUAAGGCUAGUUUAUGAAUGAAUCCAAGCUGCUCUCACUUGUGAGUCGUCAAAAAAAUUAGUGAUUCUCAGUUGCACCUCGACGACAGUGCCUCCUUCGACUGUUGAAACAGAGUCGAGUCCACGAUUACCUGCUGCUUGAGGUCGAUUUGAGGCCCCAAUCAGGAAUGAAACGGAGUUUUCCAGGCGGAAUUCAUUCGCCGUCAGAACGUGAGGCGGCCUCUCGAAGUUCAGCGUCGGAACGAACGUCGCGUCGUGCAUCAGCUCCGUGGGACGCCGACCACUCUGGCUCGAGUUCAUGAGCUUUUCGAAGACGAGAAGGUAUUCCAGACAGUUAAAUAACCUGAAACAUAUUGUAGCUGAUGAAAAUGAGCUGAAAUUUUUCUGAAGAAGUUUAAAAUCUCCUUCCAAGACUGAAACGACUUGCAGCACGCAGUCGUGAUCGUCGAGGGAUCUAAGCGCGAAUGGUACGUGCCGAUCUUGUCGAUCGUCGACAAAGACCUGCUUCGUCUGAACGCCCUCGUCAUGGUGAAGGCAGGCGGCAUGUUCAAAAACGUGCCGACGGCCGUCGUUGGAGUUCUCGAUGACAAAGUUUUCUGUUUCAUGGAAUAUGAAAAGCAAAAGGAAUUUGUAGGUGGACAGCAACGCGAUGGGACACAAAGUUGAGAAGGCGCCGAAAGAGACUUUCGAAGUUGAAACAUUGCGAUAAAAAAACGGCCAACAUGGUUUUCAGGACAUUGGAGGCUGUGAAUCGCAGAUCCAAGAAAUUAAAGAAUCGGUAGAGCUUCCACUGACUCACCCCGAAUACUACGAGGAAAUGGGCAUCACGGCUCCGAAAGGAGUCAUUCUGUACGGCGAGCCUGGAACUGGUAGAACUCAAGGUAACCAAUAUCUUCAAGCAUCAAUUUGAGGCAAAACUCUUCUGGCAAAGGCCGUGGCCAACUCGACGUCGGCGACUUUCAUCCGGGCCACUGGAUCGGAGCUCGUUCAGAAACACGGCGGCGAAGGAGCCAAACUCGUCCGUGAGCUCUUCAAAAUGGCCAAGGAAAGCGCUCCUUGCAUCGUUUUCCUUGACGAGAUUGACGCUGUCGGUACCAAAAGGUCGCGUGCUUAAAAAUGAGGAAAUUAUUGAGAAGUUAAGGUUUGACACGUCUUCUCGUGGAGAGCAGGAAGUGCAGAGAACGUUGCUGGAGCUUCUCAACCAGCUGGACGGCUUCGAAAGCCGUGGAGAUGUCAAAGUAAGCGAUCGGCUAGGGAUUUAUGGGAUGUUGAGUUUGCAGGUAAUUAUGGCAACGAACCGAAUCGACUCUUUGGAUCCUGCAUUGAUCCGACCUGGCCGCAUUGACAGAAAGAUUGAGCUCCCAAGGCCCGACGAAAAGACGCGAGCCAAGAUUUUCAGUGUUCGUUCUUGCUCGGAAUGAUCAUCUACUGCUGCCUUUUCUUUGUUUCAGAUUCAUUCUAACUGCAUGAAUGUUGCGAAAGAUGUCACCUACGACUCUGUGUUAGCCAAAGAGAAGAGCAUCAGUGGCGCCGAGAUCAAGGUUUUUAUUUUUAUCCUUUUGGAUAUAUGAGGAAUUUAAGGCCGUCUGCACUGAAGCAGGAAUGUUGGCUCUGCGAGCUCAACGCAAGACGGUCAUGAAGGACGACUUCGACAAGGCCGUCAAGAGUGUAUUGCUCAAGACGAAGGCCGGCGCUCCCGAAGAGUUCUACCUCUAG